GAGAGAGAGAGAGAGAGAAACUGUGAAAACACAACACAGAAGGAAGAGAGUGGCUGUGGAAGCUGAAGAAGGAAACUCAGUCAGACGCCGUAGUUACCGAAACACUUGGUUUCCAAAGACUCAAGAUGAAGUCCUGGUUAUGUUGGAUUCUGAUCCUGUUCAGAAAUGUGUCGGCUGACCCGGCUCCACGCUACACCGUCCACCGCACGCCGGUCAGCUUCGAUCAGGCCGCAGAGCGCUGUUCCCCCGCCGGCAUACUCACCACGCUCGCCACAGAGCAGGAAGUCACGAAUGUCCUGGAGGCAGUGGCCGCAGCGGCCACGGCUCCACAUCUCAGAGAGUUCACCUUCUGGGUCGGGCUGAGGAAGCUGAAGGACGAGUGUGUGGUUCCCACGCUGCCGCUGAGAGGAUUCAAGUGGACGAACAACGGCAGCGAGGAAUCUCAGGUGAGCCGCUGGGCCAAGGAACCCGAGCACACCUGCACGUCGGCUCGCUGCGCGGUGCUGAAGGGCGAGCUGGACGGGUUGAAUGUGACACGCUGGGGUCUGAUCCCCGUCUCAUGCAGGACUGAUAACAACUACAUCUGUAAACUCACAUAUGCCGAAGACAAGUCUAAUCAGCAGAAACCUGAUCCUGAACCAGAACCCACUUCACCUGAAGCACAUGAACCUGAAACACAACAUACUAAAGCACAACCUGGUCCUGGUUCUCAGCGAGAACCGGCUACAACAGAACCAUCUAAACCUGCUAAAGACACAACACAACAACCUGACAUGAAGCCUAAAACUACACCUGUGCUGCAGGGUUCUGGUUCUGAUCCGGUGGUGCGGUCGGACUCCUGUCAGCCCCUCCACAUCCCCCGCGCCCGCUCCAUCAGUCGGGACCUGGCAAACAGCAGCAAGAUCCUGGUGGAGUGCUGGUCGUUGUCUGCACCGCUGGAGCUGCGUUGCUCGGGCUGGCCGGCAGUGUGGCGGCUGCCGGACGACUCGCCAGCCAACUUCACCGACAUCUGUGCGUCAUGUGACGCCGGCUUCCAGAAAGACGCUUCAGGAAACUGCGUGGACGUGGACGAGUGCAGCGUUGGCGGCAGCAGCGGUCCGUGCAGACACAGCUGCCAGAACACGGCGGGCUCCUACAGCUGCUUCUGCUCCGACCAGAGCGGGAAUCAACUCAGCGAGGACUCGCCAGAGUGCGCCGAAGCGGCCACAAGCGGCGUCCUCGUGGUGGCGUUGGCUGCCGUGGCGACGCUGGUGCUGCUAGUGGUGGUCGUCCUGGUGACGGUGAAGUGUUGCCUAAUGAGGCAGUCGAAGAAACGUGCCAUGAAGAAGGCAGAGAAGAUGGCAAUGGAGAGCAAGGAUUCAUUUGAAACAGCCAAUGAGAAAGCGGCAACAUGAGGGAGUUGUGAGAGUGACAUCAUCAUGUGUCUCCAAAAUACAGAGCGGUGAAGACCGCUUGUGGCUAGAAGGGAUACAGCUACGGCCGGAAGUUAUGCUAAAUUACUCCAAAUUACUCUAAAUCUCACAAAAUCUAGGCUAAUUUUGGAGCCAUAGUGGAACUUUGUUUGUGUUUUGUUUAUAUACCACGUUCACCGUGUCAGCAUGGUGUGUUAAUAUGUUGUUUGAUUUGUUUAAAAGAAGAUGAAUGGAACUAAAUGAGAAAUGAAAUGGACUGUAUGACCUGUAUACAGUGAGCAGGCCGUAUUGGUAUGAAUGGGUCACCGCACUGAAAGAUAUUUAAUGUACGGACAUGAAUUUAUUGGCAGCUCCUCAUUGGCCUAAUAUAGGAGUUGUUAAAAGACUCUACAGCUAAUAUAACAACAUCAUUCUAAUACUUUCAACCAGGAAACAUGUGCUCGUUCCUCUGGAGUGUUUUAACCCAAACCACCAUCUCUUUCCUAAACUUAACUAUUUGUUUUGGUGCCUAAACUUACCGUAGAUGUAUCCCCUUGAAGUCCCGCCCCUUUCUGUGUCCACCCUGGUACUUUAUUUCAGUAAAAAUGGUAGUGAACGGGGAGAGGCAGAUGAUGUUAGGUCCUGUCUUGAAUUGAGCCAUGUAUUACACACAUGAUGUUUGUUGCUUUUCCCAAAGUUUUUCUACUUUUUUCUGAUUUUUUAAUCCCUUUAACUGACAUUUUUGAUGUUUUUUCUGAUUUUUUUGUCUUUUGACUUUUUUAGCUAGCCAGCUAAACGUAGGUCAUGAAGGUGAAGUAUAUUGUGUAAUUCUAAGAUCAGAGCUUUAGGAUCUAACCCUUUUAACAUAAUUCUUUUGAACGUCAUUCUAUUGUGCAUUUUAACAUAACUUUGGACCAUCUUGGUCGGGAAAACACUGAAUUAUGUAACUAUAAAGACAACAAUUCUGAUGAAAGUUCCUUUAAUGCUGAGCCACAGGUGAGGUGGUAUUACAACUGAAAUGGAAUUAUGCUAAUACUGAAUGAAUUGGGCUCUUAGGGCUCUACAAUGCCAAGACUAAUAGGUAGCUACCACAGUGUGCAAAAACAGGGAAAAGUUGAUAAUAUAUAAUAAAUAAUAAUAAAUAGAUAAAUAAAUAAAUAAUAUAUUUUGUUGUG